UUGAGCCAGCGAGGAGUGAAGCUGAGCCUGGCCUCACACGCUCCUAGAGGACCACCUCCUGAGACAGAGUUCUUUUUCCCCCUUCUUCUCCUUCUUUCUCCAAGCUCCCCUCCUGCCCUCCCUCCCUGCCCAGUACAAUGCAUUCUUGAGUGGCAGCGUCUGGACUCCAGGCAGCCCCAGAGAACCGGAGCAAGCCAAAGAGAGAGGACUGGAGCCAAGACACUCUGGUGGGGGAGCUUGGAUGCCUGGCUUUCUUUGAGGACAUCUUUGGAACGAGGGUGGCUUUGGGGUGGGGGGUCGUGCUGCAGGGAAUCCCACCAGGCCCCAAGAUGGACACUUCUGGGCACUUCCAUGACUCUGGGGUGGGGGACCUGGAUGAAGACCCCAAGUGCCCCUGUCCAUCCUCCGGGGAUGAGCAGCCGCCGCCGCCGCCGCCAGCACCACCAGCAGCCCCCCAGCAGCCCCCAGGACCCCCGUUGCAGCCUCAGCCUCCGCAGCUUCAGCAGCAGCAGCAGCAGCAGCAGCAGCCACCGCAUCCCCUGUCUCAGCUCGCCCAACUCCAGAGCCAGCCCGUGCAUCCCGGCCUGCUACACUCCUCUCCCACUGCUUUCAGGGGCCCCCCUUCAUCCAACUCCACCGCCAUCCUCCACCCUUCCUCCAGGCAAGGCAGCCAGCUCAAUCUCAAUGACCACUUGCUUGGCCACUCUCCAAGUUCCACAGCCACAAGUGGGCCUGGUGGAGGCGGCCGGCACCGGCAGGCCAGCCCCCUGGUGCACCGGCGGGACAGCAACCCCUUCACGGAGAUCGCCAUGAGCUCCUGCAAGUACAGUGGUGGGGUCAUGAAGCCCCUCAGCCGCCUCAGCGCCUCCCGGAGGAACCUCAUCGAGGCUGAGCCCGAGGGCCAGCCCCUCCAGCUCUUCAGCCCCAGCAACCCCCCGGAGAUCAUCAUCUCCUCCCGGGAGGACAACCAUGCCCACCAGACCCUGCUCCAUCACCCCAAUGCCACCCACAACCACCAGCACGCCGGCACCACCGCCGGCAGCACCACCUUCCCCAAAGCCAACAAGCGGAAAAACCAAAACAUUGGCUAUAAGCUGGGACACAGGAGGGCCCUGUUUGAAAAGAGGAAGCGACUGAGUGACUAUGCUCUGAUUUUUGGGAUGUUUGGAAUUGUUGUUAUGGUGAUAGAGACCGAGCUCUCUUGGGGUUUGUACUCAAAGGAUUCCAUGUUUUCGUUGGCCCUGAAAUGCCUUAUCAGUCUGUCCACCAUCAUCCUUUUGGGUUUGAUCAUCGCCUAUCACACACGUGAAGUCCAGCUCUUUGUGAUCGACAAUGGUGCGGACGACUGGCGGAUAGCCAUGACCUACGAGCGCAUCCUCUACAUCAGCCUGGAGAUGCUGGUGUGCGCCAUCCACCCCAUUCCUGGCGAGUACAAGUUCUUCUGGACGGCGCGCCUGGCCUUCUCCUACACACCCUCGCGGGCGGAGGCCGACGUGGACAUCAUCCUCUCCAUCCCGAUGUUCCUGCGCCUCUACCUGAUCGCCCGCGUCAUGCUACUGCACAGCAAGCUCUUCACCGACGCCUCGUCCCGCAGCAUCGGGGCCCUCAACAAGAUCAACUUCAACACGCGCUUCGUCAUGAAGACCCUCAUGACCAUCUGUCCUGGCACCGUGCUGCUCGUGUUCAGCAUCUCCCUGUGGAUCAUUGCUGCCUGGACCGUCCGCGUCUGCGAAAGGUACCAUGACCAGCAGGAUGUAACUAGCAACUUCCUGGGUGCCAUGUGGCUCAUCUCCAUCACAUUCCUUUCCAUUGGUUACGGGGAUAUGGUGCCGCACACAUACUGUGGGAAAGGUGUCUGCCUCCUCACGGGCAUCAUGGGUGCGGGCUGUACUGCCCUGGUGGUGGCUGUGGUGGCCCGAAAGCUGGAACUCACCAAAGCAGAGAAGCACGUUCACAACUUCAUGAUGGACACUCAACUCACCAAACGGAUCAAGAAUGCUGCAGCCAAUGUCCUUCGGGAAACGUGGCUAAUCUAUAAACACACGAAGCUGCUAAAGAAGAUUGACCAUGCCAAAGUCAGGAAACACCAGAGGAAGUUCCUCCAAGCUAUCCACCAACUGAGGAGCGUCAAGAUGGAGCAGAGGAAGCUGAGUGACCAAGCCAACACCCUGGUGGACCUUUCCAAGAUGCAGAACGUCAUGUAUGACUUAAUCACAGAACUCAAUGACCGGAGCGAAGAUCUGGAGAAACAAAUCGGCAGCCUGGAGUCUAAGCUGGAGCACCUCACCGCCAGCUUCAAUUCCCUGCCCCUGCUCAUCGCGGACACCCUGCGCCAGCAGCAGCAGCAGCUCCUGUCUGCCCUCAUGGAGGCCCGGGGCGUCAGCGUGGCGGUGGGCACCACCCACACCCCACUCUCCGACAGCCCAAUCGGGGUCAGCUCCACCUCCUUCCCGACCCCGUACACGAGUUCAAGCAGUUGCUAAAUAAAACUCCCCACUCCAGACGCAUUA